CGGGGCUCAGACCGGUUGGACAGGACGGGCGGCGAUAGGGGCGGCGACCGAGGCGGAAACAAGGGCGGCGAGAGGGGCGCCGCGGCGGCGCAACCCUUCAGGGAGCCAAUGUGGCGAGCGGCUCCCAUGGCGGCGCUGCCACCGCCGCCGCCGCCGCCGAUGACCCACGGGUCACACAUGAGCAACCGAGGCGGCGGCCCGUAUGGCGGCAGCGGCGCUGGCACCGGUCCUGGGCCCAUGGGACCCAUGGUCAGGGCGACCUUCGCUGACGGCGGCAGCGGUGCCGCUGGCGGCGGCGUUAGCAGCUUCGUGCAGCCGGGGCUUGCUUCCGCGAGUGACGUCCGGAGUCACACGGGUCGCGCGGCUCGGGGGCAUCACGGAGGCGAAAUGCACAGCAGCGGUUACGGCGGCGGCGGCGCUGGCUUCGGUGGUUACGGCGGCUCGAUGGCGGCAGCCGCCGGCGGACCUGGAGAUGUCGGCGGCGGUGGCGGCGGCGGCGGCUCCAUGGUUCAGUUGGGUCUGGCCCGCAACAGUGAAGCAGCGAGCGCGUUGUCAUCGCGGAUGGGGGCGGCGUCCACAGGAGCGCCGUACGGUGGCAUGUACGGCAGGGAUGGCCAUACGGCGGCAAGCGGCGGAUCCGCUCUUGAUCCGUACGGCAGCGCAUCGACUUCCUCGUACGACAUGGGAGCGGGUCAGAAGCGCAACUACUCGACGGCAAUGCAGGCCGGCUUUGGCCAACCGCAGGCAGCAGCGCCGUACGGGUCCCAGGUGCCGUCUUCCUCUCAGAGUGCCAUGAUGCGCGUACGACCGAUGCAAGGAACCCAUCCGCGACCCAUGGUUCCUGCAAGCAUGCUGGCUGCGAGCUCCAACGGUGCCGGCAUGGGCCCUAGUGCAAAUAUGGUUGGCGGCGUUGGCGGCGCUGGGCCGAUCCAGCUGGGUCAAUCGGAACUGUUUUCCAGCCAAGCAACCGCCACCGCGCCCAGCGGUCGCGGUGUGUUCAUGGGCGGCAUGGGACAGGCGGCGGCGGGGACGGGACAGAUGAUGACGUCCAUGGGUCAGCAGCAGCAGCAGCCACUGCAGCAACAGCAACAGCAGCAUGCCAUGUUCGGGCAUCGGUCGCAGCUGGGAGCCAUGCAGCAGCAGCAGCAGCCGCUGCAGCAACAGCAGCAAGAGGCUGCGUAUGGGCAGUCAACCCCACUGCUGUCGUCGUACGGGGGCAGCCAGACGCAAGCUCAUGGACAACAGCAAACCUCCAUGACUGGCGGUAUCGGCAGUAGCGGAUUGUACGGUAUGGGUCAGACGGUUCAAUUGCAGCCGAUCACGCCGCAGCAGCAGCCUAUCUUCACUGGGGGCGCUACAACGACAGUCCCAACGGCAUCGUCAAUGCAAAGCCAGCCAGCAAGUAACAUGUACGGCAUGGCAGCCGCUCAGCAAUCGAUGGGCGGUUCAAUGUACGGCAAUGGCAACGUGCUACAGCCGCAGCAGCUGUCAAUGCAGGGAGGCGGGCUUUUCAGCGCCGCCUCAGGGGGUACCUCCGUACAUCAGCCCCAGCAGCAUCAGCAGCUGCCGUCCAUGCCAUUGUACGGAAACAUGGUUUCAGCGCAGCAGCAGCAGCAGCAUUCAGAGCCGCAGCAUCAACAACAGUACGGCAAUCUAGCACCGUCGGUUGGAUUCCAAGCUUUCGGCGCCAUGCGGACGGGCGGAGGAGGCCUAUGGGGUUAAUGCCACGCGGUCCUUCGUUCCAUCCUUGUCGAAUGACCCAUGGGUCAUGUAGAUCCGGCGUUUCUUACCCUGAUCGUUCUACGCGACAGUGGACCUGCCAUUGAUGUACCUGCAAUCGCAUGGAUGGUGUACCCGCAAUCGAUUGGAUGGAGGGAGCGCAUGGCAUGAUUAAGUAGUAGUCCAUGUAGCAUACGAUCGCUAUGGGCCCAUUAAGAGCCAAUGAUGGUAAACUGCCAUGGGUCAUGUAGCGCUCCUAGGUAGGGGGGUUGCUACAUUGCCUGCUUUCUUGCAAUCAACGGCAUGGCAAAGUGCCCUACGGUGGUGCUAAGGAACGUUUGCUAAGGAACGUGUUAUAGCGGGAUGCGGUAGUAGUUGAGGACUAGGUGUAUGCUAUCAUGGCGUGUUCUGUUGAGAGGGCAGGUGCUUAGUAAUCGCGUUGAAGCAGGGCAGGCGGAGCUGCGCAGUUGGUGUGUCGGCGCACGCGAGGAUGGAUCGUGCCAAAACAUUGCGUACUCUUGGGGCUUGCGGGCAUAAUGGACAUGGAGAUGCAUCUGAUGUCAUGUUGUGGCUGCAGGGCCGGUCUCUGCAUUAGCUGUGGUAUUAGCGCCCUCAAGCGAAAGGUCGCUCUGACGCUUCUAUAAAUCCUGGAAGUAUGUGCGUUCAUGGGAGCGUCAUGCCGCGUCAAUAGCACGCGUAGGAUCAGUUUGGCGCUCUCUUGUUGCUAACGCUGUGCGCUAUGCUUGGAUCUCAUGUUUAUAGCAAUAUGUGUUGUCCCCCUCUCGGCACUUAUGGAUUAGUUGUCUUGUUGAGGAGAGCCUAGCAGCUGUGGUGCUUCUGUUAUCGCUUCUGUCGUGCAAGCGCGUGGGUCCUCAGUUGCAGGCACGUGAUGUGCAGGUCCGUUUCUUCAGGUCGAUGGAGUAACGAGUUCUGCGUUGCCUGGUUUUCUUGCGUUAACACGCCAGGCGAGGAGUGAAUCGUAUUAACGUGGCGUCCUCAGGACUGGGCCAUGAGCUCACGACUCACCCUGAGAGUGUCCGCUCGUUUCGCGCCCUCGUGCUGUGGCAGACAUAGGUGGCGGAAGGGCGGCCCUUUCCUGACCCUAUAGGGUUGCGGGCAGCAAUCGGGUGGUUGACCUCACGUCCUUAGUACCACCCUGGGAGGGGAAUGCAAAAGAUCCAGGCAGGUCUUGUUCAAGCCUCUUGUUCGCAUUCUUGCUGUUCGGGUGUGUCUCGGCCUGUUAGUUAACGGCUGCAGUUGCCCUUUUAUGGAAUAUCUUUAGAAAGGAAACGUACUAAGCGCCUUUAGUUGUGUGUCUUUAGCGCCGCAAUGGCCCGGUAUGUAUGGCCACUUGGCCAGGCUUCAUUCAGGUGCAUACCGCAUACUAGUUGCCGACGAGGGUUUCGGAGGAGCUGGAUCCCCCUCGUCGGCGUGCGGGCACCAUCUUGUUUCCAUAUCUACGGUAGUGUUAAGCUUGUCGUUGCUCCUUGCUCUCCUUGCUAGACGGAUAGAAGAUAGCGUAAGCGCCGCGGCAGGGGGUUUGUGUGGCGAGUGUGUGGGGGUGUUUAGCAGCCAUGGCCUUGGAAGCGUAGGCAAUAGGGGCGCUCCAGCUAGUGGCCCCAUGCCCCACCAUGCGUGUUGGCAGCUCCUUAUUGGGGUGUAUGGCCUAACCCCGGGCCCGAGUGGAGGCUAAACAACUGGAGGGGCGUCGCUUAUACCGGUAUAACAAGUGCUAAAGAACAUGUGCUUCCAUGCGCUGCUGCAUGCGGCCAUGGGACGACUGUUUUGUGGGGCACAAGGGAUAAGGCGCAGAGGCGUGUUUGUGUGCGUUUGGUUGCUUAGCGAAGGGGUCGGCGACGGUCGCAGUUUCCUACAUGAAGUAGCUGUGAUGAAGUAUGAGGUGUUUGGUGUGUGACUGUGGGGUGAGAAGAGGUGGUGAGCUACGCCGAGUGGACUCGCUGCUCGACCGCGCAACACACCCGCGCCUCUUGAUGCGCGUGCUUAUAGCGCUACGGCGGGUUACUUAUAAACAGGACGUCAGGGCGCUCUUGCUACUGCUACAAUAAUUGCAGAACUGCACUGCUGCUAAUUGCUACGUGGCUGCAGGACCCUUCGCAACUACCGGUAAUAA